UCAGCAAUUUGAUGAAUGCUGGAGAGGUCCCGAAUCUCUUCACGACAGAAGAAAGGGUAGAACUCUGCGAAAAGAUGAGGCAACUCGACCGACAAAGAGACAAGUCUAUGCAGACUGACGGCAGUCCAGCUGCACUGUUCAAUUUCUUUGUGCAGAUUAUCAGGGAACAGUUGCAUUUGAUAUUAACCAUGAGCCCGAUUGGAGACGGGUUCAGGAGCAGGCUCAGAAAGUUUCCUGCUUUAGUCAAUUGCUGCACUAUCGAUUGGUUUCAGAGCUGGCCUGAAGACGCUCUGCUGGCCGUAGCGACGAGAUUUCUGGGUGAAAUCGAGCUCACCGCAAAAGAGAGAAACGUAUGCAUUGAUAUGUGCCAAAUGUUCCACGUUUCCACGCAAGAAUUGUCCGACGAGUUUUACAUUCGACUGGGAAGGAAAAACUAUGUCACUCCAACGUCAUACCUGGAGAUGAUCAAUACCUUCAAAACGUUCCUUGCUAAGAAGAGAGAUGCGAUUCUGAAAGGUAAGAAAAGGUACGAAGUCGGACUUGAAAAGUUGGAACUAGCAGGAGCCGAAGUAUCGGUUAUGCAAGAAAAUUUAAGAAAACUGCAGCCUCAAUUAGUCGUCUUAGCUGCAGCUGUAGAAGCAAAAAUGAAAGUUGUACUAGAACAGUCGGCAGAAGCCAGUGAAGUAGAACAAACCGUCAUGAGGGAUGAAGAGGUUGCUGGUGAACAAGCGAAGGAAGCCCAAGCAAUCAAAGAUGAAUGCGACGCGAACUUGGCUGAAGCAAUGCCAAUUUUGAACGCCGCUUUGGCCGCUUUAAAUACUUUGACGCCUGCAGAUAUUGCUGUGGUCAAGACUAUGAAGAAUCCUCCCAAAGGAGUAAAACUCGUCAUGGAGGCUGUUUGCAUUUUGAAAGAUAUAAAACCAGAUAAAAUACCUGCUCCAAGCGGUAUUGGUACAGUGGAGGAUUACUGGGGUCCAUCGAAGAAAGUUUUGGGUGACAUUAAGUUCCUAGACAAUUUGGUAAACUUUGACAAAGACAACAUACCACAGAAGAUUAUGGAUAGGCUGAAACAUCAAAUCCUGAACGAUGAAAGUUUUGAUCCUGAUAAGAUCAAGACUGCCUCCACGGCUGCUGAAGGUUUGUGUAAAUGGGUGAUAGCCAUUUCGAAAUAUGACAAGGUAGCCAAAGUGGUAGCUCCGAAGAAGGCAGCCUUGGCCGUGGCAGAAGCCGCAUACGCGGGAGCCAUGGCUGCACUGGAGUUGAAGCGUGCCAUGUUGAAAGAGGCCAGGGACAGAGUGGCCAAGCUGCAAGCUGAGCUAGCGGUGGAGGAAAAGAGAUUCAGUGACCUCACGGAUGAGGUGAAUCUUUGCCAUUUGAAGCUGCAGAGAGCCGAGGAGCUGAUUGGUGGUCUGGGAGGAGAGAAGGAUAGGUGGAAGGCUACUGCUAAGGAACUUGGCGAGAAGUAUUAUAUACUGACAGGUGACGUAUUGAUAGCGGCGGGUGUGGUAGCAUACCUGGGCCCUUUCACAAUGCAGUACAGACAGACGCAAAUAGAACACUGGGUAAAAAGUCUCAAGAGCUAUGACAUCUACUGCACAGAAGACUUCCAGUUGACAUCUAUCCUUGGCGAGCCCGUAGUUAUCAGGGCGUGGAAUAUUUUUGGGUUGCCCACUGACAGUUUCAGCGUGGACAAUGGCAUCAUUAUCUCGAACGCCAGAAGAUACGCCUUGAUGAUAGAUCCUCAAGGUCAAGCGAACAAAUGGAUCAAAAACAUGGAGAGAUCCAACAAUCUUGCCAUCAUCAGACUGAAUCAGGCAGAUUAUGUCAGGAUUUUGGAAAAUGCCAUUCAGUUUGGGCAACCGGUCUUACUGGAAAAUGUUGGAGAAGAACUCGAUCCAAUUUUGGAACCUGUCUUGGCACAGCAAGUCUUCAAGCAAGGUGGCGCCAUGUGUUUGAAGCUCGGAGAUUCCGUCGUAGAAUACAGCUCAGAUUUCAAAUUAUAUAUCACGACAAAGCUCAGAAAUCCUCAUUAUCUGCCCGAAGUUGCAGUCAAGGUAACAUUGGUGAAUUUCAUGAUAACCAGUGUUGGAUUAUCUGAUCAACUUUUGGGCAUUACUGUUGCGAAAGAAAGACCUGAUUUAGAGGCUGAGAAAAACGUUUUGAUUCUGCAGAGCGCUGAAAAUAAAAGGGCUUUGAAAGAGAUAGAAGACAAAAUCUUAGAGGUACUUAGCACAUCCCAAGGCAACAUCCUGGAAGACGAAACUGCGAUUCAAAUAUUGAGCUCUUCAAAAACAGUAAGCAAUGAUAUAGCGGCCAAGCAAGCGGUUGCAGAAGUUACUGAGAAGCAAAUUGAUAAGGCCAGACUGGAGUAUACACCAAUUGCUACUCAUUCUACUAUACUUUUCUUCACUAUAGCUGAUCUGGCUAACAUUGACCCAAUGUACCAAUACUCGUUGGUGUGGUUCAUGAAUCUGUUCAAAGCUGCCAUUGAUAACACGGAUAAAGUGGAGGAUGUCCCUAUGCGAUUGAAAGAUCUGCAAGCUUACUUCACAUAUUCCUUGUAUGUUAACAUUUGUAGAAGCUUAUUUGAAAAGGAUAAGCUGUUGUUCUCCUUACUGUUGGCAAUCAACUUGAUGAAAAGUCGAGGAGAAAUUGAUUCCAGUGAAUGGAUGUUCCUUCUAACUGGAGGGGUAGGUCUGGAUAACCCAAACCCAAAUCCUACGGAUUGGCUUGUAGGAAAAUGCUGGGAUGAACUUUGCAGGCUGAACGACUUGCCUAGUUUUGCUGGUUUAAUGGAGCAUUUUAAGAAAAAUACGACAGACUGGAAGAAAAUAUUCGAUUCCAGCGAACCACAAAAUUACCCUAUGCCUCCUCCAUGGGACAAGAAACUGAGUGCCUUACAAAAACUCGCUGUACUCAGAUGUAUUCGAUUCGAUAAAAUUGUUCCCGCUAUACAGAUUUUUGUUACAGACAUGUUGGGCAAGAAGUACAUCGAACCUCCACCGUUCGACCUGCCGUCUUCUUUCGCCGAUUCGCACUGCUGUAUCCCACUGAUCUUUGUACUAACACCUGGCGCUGACCCCACGGCUGUACUCUUGAAGUUCGCUGAUGACCAAGGGUUCGGGGCAGCCAGAUUGUUCUCCUUGUCCUUAGGGCAAGGACAAGGACCUAUUGCUAUUAGGUUGAUUGACGAUGGCGUCAAGAAUGGUACUUGGGUGGUAUUGCAGAAUUGUCAUUUGGCUAAGAGUUUUAUGCCCAGCUUGGAGAGGAUAUGCGAAAAUUUGACACCUGAUUCUACGCAUCCAGACUUUCGACUAUGGUUGACGUCCUAUCCAGCAGAUCACUUUCCAGUUUUAGUUUUGCAGAACAGUGUUAAAAUGACAAAUGAACCACCCAAGGGUCUCAAGAACAAUAUAAUCAGAUCUUACCUGAGUGACCCAAUAUCAGACCUGGAAUGGUUCGAAAACAGCAAACAGCCAAUACCCUUCAAAAGGCUGUUAUACGCGCUCUGUUUCUUUCACGCUACAGUGCAAGAACGAAGAAAAUUUGGACCUCUCGGUUGGAACAUCCCUUACGAAUUCAACGAGACUGACCUCAGGAUCAGUGUCACUCAACUGCAAAUGUUCCUGAACGAUUAUGAGGAUAUUCAGUACGACGCAUUGCUGUAUUUGACAGGAGAAUGCAAUUAUGGGGGAAGAGUGACAGACGAUUGGGAUAGGCGAUGCCUAGGCACAAUUUUAGCAAAGUUUUAUUGUAAGGAGCUAGUCGAAACUCCAGAAUUUCCUUUCGAUCCUACAGGUAAAUACUACUGUCCUGACAAAACAGAAUACGAUGAUUUCAUGGCAUACACAAAAUCUUUGCCGCUCAUUACCAAUCCAGAAGUGUUUGGAAUGCAUGAAAAUGCUGAUAUCAUGAAGGAUCAGCAAGAAACAUCACUACUGUUUACCAGCACAUUGCUUACUCAGGAUGCCAUGCAAUCAGGGAGUAGCGCAAAAUCGCCUGACGAAGUGGUCACCGAAGUUGCUGACGAUAUUCUAUCUCGAUUACCGGCAAAUUUUGAUAGAGAUGCUGCGAAUGAGAAGUAUCCAGUCACAUAUUCGCAAAGCAUGAACACUGUGCUGGUACAAGAGAUGACUAGGUUCAACUUGUUGCUUGCCACCAUCAGAACAAGCUUGAAAAAUGUGCAGAAAGCCAUCAAAGGUCAAAUAGUCAUGUCAGUGGACUUGGAGCAGGUGGUAACAAAUAUUUUGACUGGAAAAAUACCUGGCAUGUGGAUGAAGAAGUCCUAUCCAUCGUUGAAGCCUUUGGGAAGUUAUGUUAAUGACUUCUUGGCAAGACUUGCUUUCUUGCAAAAAUGGAUGGACGAGGGACCUCCGACCACUUUCUGGCUGUCGGGCUUCUUCUUCACUCAAGCUUUCCUCACGGGAGCGCAGCAAAACUAUGCCAGGAAAUACACCAUCCCAAUAGAUUUGCUGACCUUUGACUACGAGGUAUUGAGAGGAACUAACUUCCCAGAAGCCCCGGCAGAUGGUGUGUAUGUCUACGGUCUGUUUUUGGAUGGUGCGCGAUGGAAUACGACCAUAAUGGAAUUAGAUGAAUCAUAUCCCAAGGUUUUAUACGACACGGUACCUUAUAUAUGGCUAAAGCCACUGAAGAGGUCUGAUCUCGUCGAUAAACCGACGUACAUAUGUCCCGUCUAUAAAACCUCAGAGAGAAGAGGUGUCCUUUCCACCACCGGUCACUCAACCAACUUUGUGAUUGCGAUGUCGUUACCAUCGAAGAAACCGCAGUCUCAUUGGAUCAUGAGGGGCGUGGCCAUGUUAUGUCAACUGUCACAAUGAGGAUAUUCUACGUGUAUUGAAUUUUAUAUGGAUAUAAAUAAAAUAAGUGGUUUCAA